UUUCUUUCUAUUGGCUAACGGUUGAGGGGAGCUGGAGUAAAUGGUUCUUUAAAAAAUCGUGGGUGAGAAUGGUCUUCAGAUAAUUAGAUCCAUGCCACGACAAAGGGUAGCGGCGUACGAGGAUAAGGCCUGUAUUUCAAACUAUUGGACUGUAUAGGGGGACUUCUAAAAGCUCACGAGAACAGGUUAAUUUCUGCUGUUUUGUGUGCUUCUCAGGUCCGCUAUGAAUGCCUUAAAUUUCUGCGGGGGAUCCGACAGUGGCAACGGAGUCUACCCUCUGCACAGCGUCAACUCCGUAUUUUUCGACCUCCACCACCAGAUGGCAGACCAGUACCCGGUUUAUCCAUCAACCAAUCCCUCCUCGGUCCACACGUUCUCUGUUGCUGAAAGACUUGCAGAGUUGAUACUGGAGGCCCGUUAUGGGACCCAGCAGAAGCAGCGUCGGAGCCGCACAGCCUUCACUGUGUCUCAGUUACAGGCUCUAGAGAAAGCCUUCCAGCAGACCCAGUACCCUGACGUAGGUAUGAGAGAGAGACUGGCUGUCUGCACCAAUCUGCCUGAGGCUCGCAUUCAGGUGUGGUUUAAGAACAGAAGAGCAAAGUUCCGUAAGGGACAGAGAUGCUCCCCUCUUCCCAGAGAGCAAAGCCUGGAGGAACCAUAUCAAACCAAGGCAGGGGGGGAAGAGAGGAGUACCAAGGAUUCAAAAACGCAAAGUGAAAUAGCUCCUCUCUGGGAAGUCAGUGAUGCUCCUACCAUUUCUUGUCCUGGAGACUCCAUUGUAUCUCAGAACCACUCAAGAUUACAUUCUCCUCCCGUUUUUCCCUUUGUGGGUGGAGAACGGUACCACCUUCCACAUCAUCAGGCUUUAGGGAUGCUGUCAGCUGGCCUACAUUUCACCCCCACAUUCUGGCCCAUUCUACAGCAACACAGCCCAGCUAUAGGAGUUGCCCCACCGGUUGGUAAAAACUGCAGCCUUUCCCUUCAGACUUCCUGUCCCAGUAAAGCUGUACCCACCCCCAACCUGGGUCUAUAACUGCACUACCAACAACAACAACUUCUCUUCAGUGUGUGUUGGCAAAAAGGGACUCAAAGGAGGAAAUCAUACACUGCUGCACUGGUGUCAACAUGGACACAGAUAAACUACUGAUUUUAUACUUUGACUCUGUACAACUUUGUGAUUACAAGGAGCCUUUGCUAAUUGUCCUGGUAGAGUGCAUCUGACAAGUGAAUAUGUCUAGAUAAGUUUGGUUAAGAAAUACUCAAAAGGGCUCGUAUGUUGUGUUGUGAGCAUUCGGGAUUGCAACCUGUAGUGGAUUGGUACAUGCUUCAUUUGCAUAAAGAUGUUACUUUCAGUUUUUACUCACUUAUUACAAGCACUUAGGAGAAUGGAGAAUUGUGAUGUGGUUUGGGGCACUUUUCUUUUCACUUUUCAAAUCGAAUAUCCAUUUGUUCAAGACAAUUUUCUGUAAUGUCUCACAGUAGGAAUCUUUAUUCCAAUCCCAUGUUCAUUUUAUGGUUAUACACAACAAAACCAUAAUUCAACUCGAUGUGAAUUUUAAAAUGUAUUAUGAAUAAAAUGAUUUUGAAAGA